UCACCCGUGGAGGAGGAUCAUGUCAUUCUCGGACGGAGGAUGGAUUUUGCCCGCCUUACCCAGUCGAGAGCGAUGCCCCGCGGUGCAGCCUCCAGAAGUGGCUGAUGGCUUGGACCAUUUUUCCGGAUUCAAGUUGGAUGUGUGGUCGUGUGGUGUGACCUUUUUCAGUUUAUGUGCGGGCAACUCGCGAUUUCCGUUUGUCGGAGAAACGGUGUACGAAUUGUUUGCUAAUAUUUCUGAGCGUCCCCAUGAAAUGCCCAAAGAAAUUAAAGAUGCUGACCCCGAAUUUUGUAACUUGAUUGACGUAAUGCUGGAGAAGAGGGAAGCGAAUAGGCCGUCACUGGACGCCGUGCGCCACCAUCCCUGGGUUCGGCGGCACUGGCCGAUGCCACCGGCGGGAAUUCCCAUACAGGAAACUAUUGAUAAGGCCGCCGUUCGGUCGGUGGACAGCUUCCUGCCCUACAUCAAGUCUUAUUAUCACUCCAGCGCCCGCACCAGUCGAGCUGGCAGUAUUUGUUGUACUACAGGUGGACGCAUACAGCAUCACCAUCACCACUAUCCCCGCUGUCAUUCGCAUCAUCUGGUACCGCACAACAGCACCUGGAAAUCGUGUCGACCCAACCAUGAUCGACGUCGAACGUCCAUUGAGUCGCGACUUUAACGCACAAUAACAGUAUCCGGAGUAUUCAUAAACAUAGAGAUGCUACUAAUCGUCGUGCCACUAUCGAUGAAACCGCUACUGGAGAGCAUUCAGUAGGCGCGGCCACAUUGGACCGGUCUGAGUGCUGAGCAAGGUUGUUUUGCUGUCAAAAAG